AUGGCGCCAGCAGCAAUCACACCGCCAGCCACACCGGCGCCAGCCAACACCAAGCCCACAGUCUACUUCCUCGACACAUUUCACCCAGUAGCCGAGGCUCGUGCCGAAGAGCUGUUCAAUGUCGUCCGUACAACAGAUCCUGGACAUGCUCAAUGGCGGGAACGCGCCCAGUACGCUCUUGUACGAGCGGGCUAUGUCACCGCUGAGGACAUCGCUGCAAGCCCCAACCUGCGCGCCAUUGGCAAGCAAGGCGUUGGCAUCGACAAGAUUGACGGCGAAGCAUGCAGGGCAGCCGGCGUCAAGAUCCUCAACACGCCCGGCGUAAAUGCUCGAGCUGUGGCGGAGAUGGUUCUCGCGCUUACGACCAGUCUGGCUCGACAGAUCAGCUCAGUGAACGUCAAGAUCGCACGUGGCGAGAUCGUAAAGAAGGAGCAGUGCUCUGGUCUGAUCCUGCACAAGUCGACCAUCGGUGUGAUCGGCAUGGGCAACAUCGGCAAGGUGGUGGCGAAGAUCUUCAGCGGCGGCUAUGAUUGCGACAUUGUCGCCUAUGACCCAUAUAUGCCCGAGGGCGCGUGGUCAGAUCUUCCACACAAGCGCGUAAGGAAUCUCUCGGACCUGCUCACCGUCAGCGACGUUGUCACGAUACACGUACCUUUGACGCCCGAAACGCGUCAUCUCAUUGGACUGGAGGAAAUGCGCAGCAUGAAGAAGACGGCGCUGCUCAUCAACUGUGCCCGCGGUGGUAUCGUGGACGAGGAAGCAAUGUGCACGGCAUUAGAAGAGGGUGGCAUUUGGGGUGUCGGUCUUGACUGUCAUGAGCAAGAGCCGCCAACCAAGGAGCGGUACGAGCGUCUGUGGCGGAAUGAGAAUGUGGUGAGCAUGCCACAUGCUGGUGCAGCUUGCAAGCAGACACAGAUGGAGACGGCGCUGGCGGCUGUAGAGAAGCUGCAUGCCUCAAUCGAAUACUUGAAGAGCAAAAUCGCCGCCUUGGAGCAACAGCGAGAUGGGACCUCACCAACCCAGCAUCGCCGAAAUUCCUCCCUGCACCCGUCUGACUCUCCUCACUACGUCGGCAAAGUCCACGAUGAGUCACCUGCAUCGACGCGUCAAGCUGUAUCCCAGCCCACCAAUGAGGCCGAAUAUCUGUCGGUCGCUGCUAUGGGUGAGCCAGAGCGCCAGGACAUGUCAUCGAUGAGUGAAGCUUUAGGUGUCUCUUUCACCACUCUAGUGGCAGAAAUCACGAAACUUUGUCCACCAUCUUCGACAGCUUUGACGACAAACGGCACAGAUCACAAUGCACCGGAUGACCUCCUCCAUCAUUACCAGCAAGAACUUCAAACACUCUGUCAGGCCGACUUGAAGACUUUUCUCAGCAAGUACUGCUCUGGGCUUGGUCAGAUGUACCCUGUCGUCACUAAUGAGACCUGUCAGACCGCCUUAGAUCAGGUCCUCCGUUCUUCCGGGCACGACAUCGACCAGUCGCAGAUUUUGCCUACAGAGGCUGUCUUGGUCACGUCGCUGACUGUGUCUCUCGGCAUUCUCGCCAGUCCGCACCAUCGAGUGGCUGGGCAUGUGUCAAAAGGACUAGUUGAUCAUGGAAUGCGUCUGCUACCAACGGUCGUCGGCACAGUCGGCGAUGUAGAGGCUGUACGUUACUUGCUUCUCGCGGCAACAGUAUGCCUUCAUCGAUUCAAUGUAGGAGCUGCUUGGCAUAUGGUUGGUCUAGCCGCCACCAAAGCAAUUUCUGCGGGCUUGCACAGAAGCUACGAUGACAUCGAACGAAAAGAAGAGCACUCUACUCUGUUCUGGACACUCUACAAGCUGGAUCGCUCGCUGGCCAUGGCCACGGGGCGGCCCCUAAGCAUCGAGAACGGGGACAUCACCCUCCGUAUGCUCCGAGCUACGUCUCCUGGUCCAACAGACUCGAGCAAUAUCAACCUACAGCCCUUCUUUAUCUGGACAGUACACUAUGCCUGUAUGGUCUCAGACUGGAGACGCCAGAUGAGCUCAGAUCUUGAGUCUUGCGUGUCUAGUCUCACUUACUGGCGGGAGACAUGUGUCGAAGUUGCAGCGCUACCCAUGCUGUCCCAUAGCACUGCGUCCACCGGGUCGUCGGAAUUCGCUCACCUGCUGAUGACUACAAUCAAAUCGCAGCUGAUUACCCGGGCCCUGACAUAUCUGUUGACUGAGCACUUUGGAAGGACGUCAGUGCUGGCCUCGACCAUGCCCAUGUUGGGACACCUGGUGGAGGAUCUUGAGCAGAAGCUGCCAUUUUUUCUCGCCAAGUACAGAGAAGCUCUCGAUGUAUCAGCUAUUGCUCCGUCUAUCGUUGAUGUUCUGGACAUCGUGAGCGCUGUGAUCACGUAUUUAUCGGCACGACACGUUCUGUCUGUACAACAAUUGCCGCCCGGUUCCGAUCGCCGAAGUUCGAUAAGCAACGUGGCGAUCAUGAAACUGGUGACAGCGUCAAUGGACGUACUGCAGCGCAUUUCCGACCGAUGCAGGCUGACCACAUCACUCCAGAAUGUCAUAUGGGCUUUGUUAUCCGCACUGGAAAACUCGACUCAGCGGACCAACGACUCGUCUUUGGCUCUUGCGCCAGCCAACGAGAAGCUCGAGCUCACGCGCGCCUUGCAAGAGGCUCAGCUCCCUCUUUCGCGCCAUGUCAUUGAUUUCAUGGACAAAGCUCUGGGAUAUUCCUAA